GCCAUCCAAUUGCUAUUUGCCAUUAUCAAGAGAGCAGAAACAUGAGUUCCAGAGCACUUAGAAGACUGGAGAGGCAGAGGGAGACACUUGCUUCUGAGGAAGCACCAGAGGUUGAUGAUGAGGUUGAAUACCAACAUCCACCACAGCAACAGAAGGCGAAGAAGAACCUGUUUGCCCUGAUUGGAGAUAACUCUGACGAUGACGUUGAUGACCAUGCCAGGGAUGACACAGAUGAAGCUGUGAAGCCUGAGCCUAUGAAGGUUUCACUACCUACAAAGUCUCAGAAAAGGAAGAACAAGAAGAAGGCAAAGGCGCAGGUUGCAAAGGAAGACUCCGAGGAUGACUUUGAUAAAGUGUUAAAAGAAUACGGAAUUGAGCCAGAACAAGCCAUAGAUACCACACAGGAGCUCGAUAUGGAUGAAGAUGAUGAAGAUGACACCGCCCACUUCAUAUUGGACCCAUCUUUUAGAUUCUUCACCCCAAAGAAACAGGUGAGGUGUGCCAAACUGCUGUCCGUCGACACCAAGGACUUGGACCCGGAUAAUGAGUUCAAGAAAUUGUUUGGUAAGUUGUCACAAGAGGCAAUUGACGAUGCCAACUCUACAACUUCGACGUCUAUACCACCUGAGGAUCUACAAAAGAUCAGGAGAAUGGCUAGAAUCGUUAGAGGCUGGGGAGGUCGUGACAGAAGAUCUAUACCAGGUACUACUAGAAAGCUAGUAUUGACAAAGAUCAGAGACGAUUGGAUACCAACUCAAAAGAAAGAUAUGACCAUGGAAGAGCUUACUGCUAGGGAGAUUGUGCAGGACAGAUUGUCCACAAGCGAAGAUUGGAUCGAUGUUAUUAAUAACGACGUCACCACUGAGUUGAAAUACGGCAUCAAGUAUUACAAAUUUGAAAGAGGUGAGGACUCAAAGAUGGCAAACUCUCAAUUCUUUGCUUCUGUUGUUCUUAGACCUAAUCAUGAAGCAGUGGCCCAAUUAUUGGGUAGAUACCCUUACCAUGUCGAAACCAUCCUUCAAGUCGCACUGAUACUGAUCAGACAAGGUGACAAGUCUAACUCGAAUGGGUUAGUGGAGCGUGCACUCUUUGCUUUUGACCGUGCCUUUAAACAAUCGUUUGAAAUAGGCAAUGGUCUCUCGAGACUGCCUUUCAAUUAUUACUUAAACCGUGAGUUUUACCUUGCCAUCUUCAGGUACAUCCAAGUCCUGACUAAAAAAGGUACACACUACACUGCGUUCACAUAUGCCAAACUCCUUUUGUCAUUAGAUCCAUCAGAAGAUCCAUUUGGAGUGAGAUAUUUCAUAGAUUUUUAUGCAUGUAUUGCUGGCGAAUUCCAAUGGCUCGUGGAUUUCGUCAACAGUGCGUUGGUCAAGACGUAUACGAACUGGUAUACUCCAGGACUGGCGUAUUCGUGUCCAUUAGCACUCCUCUCUUUGGGGAAACAUAAGGAGGCGAAGGAGGCUUUACAAAGAGCCUUUGUUGCACACCCGUAUACUGGUUAUAAACUAUUGGAGAGCAUUGGGUUGGCCGAUGACAUCCCAGUGAACGACUAUUCUGUUUUCGAAGUUGGGCCUGAGAUAGAGGCCACUACAACUGCAUACCUACUACAGGCUCCUGCUAUUUGGAAGAAUGCCCAGGAUCGUACCUUCCUACACGACACUCUACUGGAGUUCAUUCGCAGUGAAAUAGCCCUCGACAACACCAGAGAGAAAAAUGGCCUAAUACCAAACAACUUCAUCAGAUUUGCCAUCUUAUCCGAUGAAGGUAAAGUCAUGGCAAAGAUUCCAAAGGAAUGGUGGGAGGAGAAUGAGAUCUUUGAGUAUGACAUUUUACCACCAAAAGUUGGAAACGUUGAGAGAUUGGAAGAUUUCAUAGACGAUCGUAUCAUGAACUCGUUCACCGAUGACGAGCACUUGAUGGAGAUGGUAAGAAACAUGAGUCUACAAGAAUUGAUCGACAAUGCACCACAUGAUUAGACCUCUUGAAUACUAUAAGAAGACAUAUAUAAACCUGUCAUUGAUUGGUUAAGUAGUGGCCCAUACUUAAUGGCAUCAACACCCGGACACC